AUGGCUAACAACCGUCGUCUCCAACGCAGAAAAGAAAUCAUCAAUAAUCCUUACACGUUCACCGCACACAUCGCCGUUAACACAUAUUUGGACAUGAAUAACCUUGAAAUGGUUGCUGCAAUUAUGGAAAAGGUUCGGAUGAGCGCACGGAUUGUUUUGCUGUGUUUCGACGCGAAUAGCGAUAGAAGAACGUUUCUCCUGAAAGCAACUGAAAUGAAUAUGAUGAACAACGACUAUCAGUACAUUGUCCUAGCAAUCAGAAAUAUUGGUUUCGGUCAACCAUCACAAGGAAAGGCGACAUUGAGCAACGGAAUGACGCCAUUUUGGGAGGACGUGGAUGGAACAGGUGAUGGAUCCGGUGAUGUGGUGAAAGCUGCUGCGAAGAAAUUACUGAUUAUUGACACAAGCAGUGAUAUCAAAGAUCCCGACUACAUGGCAAAGUUUCAAGACCAAGUUGUUGCCCGUAUCUCUCAACCGCCACUGAACUGCGUAAUGCCGAGAUGUGUCAACAGCACAGGACUAACGAAAUGGCUCCACGCAUCUAACUUUGCAUUGAAUCGCGCGCAACAAAUGCCAUUCAGGGAUCAUCGUGAGUAUGUAGUCGGUGUGUUCAAAUGGGUGAACUCCACUGGGCAGAUGGGACGCUACGCAAGACACUUGUUUGAUCUCUUUUACCUGUAUGGAUUGGCACUUCACUCAGCUGGAAACGAAUUUAGAAACACGACGACCAUUUCGAAAGCUAUGAUCACUUCGUUCUCAGGUCUCACAGGCGAUGUUGUUAUGGAUGUUAAUCGUUCAAGGACACCAGUCUUUUUUCUCUAUGGGCUAGAUGAUAAUUACGAUCAGAAAGUGCUUUCUGUCGCCGUGUUUAAUAGCAGCCAAGGGAUGGUGCAGAAAUUCUACGAAGACGCGGAUACCACAGUAUUCGCUGGUCACAAUAACAAGAGAAACCGAUCCAGGAAGCGGAGAAACCUGAGAUCACAAUGGGAAAUCCCUCACACUCUUUUGCUGGAUCCAAUGGAUGCCGUAGAUAUUAGUACAAGCCGUCGUUCUUUCGCAUCAUCGGUCCAAACAACACCAUUUGUAUCGGAAGGAGAUCAGUUUGAAGUUCGCGUGUACCGUGGCGAAAAGGUGUUGGUUACAAAACAUUCUCAAAUGGAACUAACGUCGGCUGAAUACGACACUUGUGUGAAGAACUUUUCCGAGUUACCAGCCGGAAUUGAGCGUAAUCACGGUUACGUCCGUAAACUACAUCCCUGCGUUUACCAUUUUGUGAUGCGCAGCAUGGAUCACGAGAAUGUCAACAAGUUUAUUGGUCUCUCCUUUGAUGGUCCUAUUAUCAUGAAAGUGUGGAGAAUGUGUACACGAGGAUCGCUUCAGGAUAUAAUCUCGAUAGACUCAAUGACUGCUGCUGAUCUGUUCUUCGCAUUGUGUUUGAUCAAAGAUAUUGCCGAGGGUAUGGCCUACAUUCAUCAAUCCUUCAUCUCCUUCGUCGGAACUUUGACUUCAGCCACGUGCCUUGUUAGUCAAGGAUGGCAGGUGAAGCUCUCCAGUUAUGGGCUUUCCGUUUUAUUCGACGAAAAACAACAAAGAGAAAGAAAAAGAAUCCCAGAUCUUCUAUGGACUGCUCCUGAGCUACUUCGUCACCCUACAAAAAAACCAUCCAAGCAAACCGAUGUUUACUCGUUCGCCAUUAUUUGCUCGGAGAUAAUCACGAGACGGCCAGCAUGGGAUUUAGCAGAGCGAGAAGAAAAGGUAGAUGAAUUACUAUACAAAAUAAAACGAGGAGGACCAAUUCCAACGAGGCCGAAACUUACCAAUCCUGAAUCCCUCGUCGAACAAGCUUUGUAUCGCUUAGUGAGUGAUUGCUGGGACGAAAAACCCAGCGAGAGGCCUUCAAGCGAAUUUAUUUGCGAUCAGUUGAGAAGUAUGUUGAAGAUGUCAAAAAAGAAGAACCUAAUGGACCAUCUGUUCACAAUUUUGGAGGAGCAUACAGGAGAGCUUGAACAAGAGCGUUACACCUAUCGUCCAUCUCAACAUUCGCAUCUCCAUAGCGUGCAACAAUCUUCCCAAGGAUUUCGUCGUCGGCCAGCACUCGCAUUUGUAAAGGGCAACAAGACGCACAACCGUCUCGUAGAUCUUCGACUUCAGUCGAACGGGGACUUUCUUGUCGCACAGUACGCCUGUCGCCAUUUUCCAUUUCAUCCAUGUCUCAUUAACACGUUCUCAACGUUUUUGAUCAAUGUCGCCUGUGCAAGUCACUUUGGAUCCGAGUUAACUUGA